CGGAAAAACGCCCUGAGUAAAGUUUCCCACCGGUCCUAUUUCGCCGUUGCACACAUUUGGAAACCGCUGCGCAAGGAAUACCCCACACAAAACCACAAUAUUACAGUGAAGUCGACUGCGAUGGCCAAGCUCCAGGGCUUCGAGUUCUGGAGGAAGACCCUGAAGGAGGCCCGCUUUGUGGUGGCACCCAUGGUGGACCAGAGCGAGUUGGCCUGGCGCCUGCUCAGCCGCCGGCAUGGCGCCCAGCUCUGCUACACCCCCAUGCUGCAUGCCCAGGUGUUUGUCCGCGAUGCCAACUACAGGCGGGAAAACCUCUACAAUGAGGUGUGUCAGGAGGACAGACCUCUCAUCACACAGUUUUGUGCCAACGACCCGGAGGUGUUCCUUCAGGCCGCCCUGCUGGCCCAGGACUACUGCGAUGCCAUCGACCUCAACCUAGGCUGUCCGCAGAUGAUCGCCAAGAGAGGGCACUACGGAGCUUUCCUCCAAGACGAGUGGGAGCUGUUGGAGAAAAUGGUCAGGUUGGCGCACGAAAAGCUUUCUGUUCCCAUUACGUGCAAGAUCCGCGUGUUCAAGGAGCUGGAGAGGACGGUCCGCUAUGCCCAGAUGCUGGAGAAAGCCGGGUGUCAGCUGAUUACGGUGCACGGCCGAACAAAAGACCAGAAAGGGGCCAUGACAGGCAUCGCUAACUGGGAGCACAUUAUGGCAGUACGGAAGGCAGUAAAUAUUCCAGUGUUUGCAAACGGCAACAUUCAGCACCUGAGUGAUGUGGAGCGCUGCAUUCAGGAGACGGGAGUGCAGGGAGUCAUGAGUGCAGAGGGGAACCUCCACAACCCGGCGCUGUUUGAAGAAUGCAGCCCACCCGUGUGGGAGAUGGCAGAGGAAUAUCUGGAGGUGGUGAAGCAGUAUCCCCCCUGCACUCUGUCCUUUGUACGAGCACACCUCUUCAAGCUCUGGCACCACACGCUGCAGAUCCACCAUGACCUGAGAGAGGAGCUGGCCAAGGUGAAGAACCUGGAGGGUUUGGCUGGUGUCAGCAAAAAGCUGAGGCUGCGCUGCCAGGAGGAGAUCACCAGAGGAAAGGAGAAGGAGAAGGAGGGCGGCCUGCCGUUUCCCCACUGGAUCUGCCAGCCGUAUGUCAGACCAGCGCCAAAGGAGCCAGACGGCAACAGCAAGGGCUCAGAGGUGCAGAAGACAAUGUGUCAGAAGAGGGCGCUCGAGGAUUUGGACGCAACGGCUGACACACUCUCGAAAAACAAGCAGAAGAAGAGAUCCCGAAACCCCAACAAGAACUUCAGUCCCGAGCAGAAACCCAAGUACAUCAAGUGUGAGCAGUGUGGGAACCCAAAGGGAAAUAAAUGUGUCUUCAACCUGUGUCGAGGCUGCUGUAAGAAGAAGGCCUUCAAGGAGGUGGCCGACUGCCCAAGCCACGGGUUGAGGUUCAAAACCAGGGCAGAGAAACAGAAAGCUGAGAAGAAUGCGAAGAAGGAGGAGGGGGAGGCGACAAAGGAUGGGGACGCAACGACGACUGAGGAGGGGGAGGCGACAGAGACGGAGAGAAGCUGCAGCAGCAGCUCUCCUCAGCCCCCCUCAGACCCAAGUAUAGAGCUGCAGGUGCAGUCCAAAACACCGCUGCCACUAUGAGCAGGACUGAGGUGGCCUUUACCAACCAUACUCUUGUUACUACAGCACUCGGCCGUCACAAGUCAAAGGGUCCCACAGUUUUCAGUUCAUUUUUCUAACGACUUGGACAAGUUAAUGCACUCGAAACAUUUUGAUGUCCAAAGUGACAUCAUGGUAUCGCAGUAAAUCACUGCUGCAAGGCUGCUGUGUGGACCUGCUUUGAUUGAUGCUAUUUCGAGGAUAAUUGAGGUAACGAUGUUGGUGUGUAUGUAGAGGUUAGCCAGUUAUUAGUCGGGACAUACAGAAUAGACCGCUGCUAAGCAACCUCGUAAGGAAGAGACUGUCUGUUUGGUUGGACACUGAUCAGCAGACCAAAACCGUAAAGUAACACAAACUUCUGACGUGACAGUUUGGAAGACCUUCUCAAUUCAAUCUGUCAUCCUUUUUAUUUUUAAGACAACAUUUUACUAGGCGUUCCAACGUCAUUUAGCCAAAUGUGUUACUGAGGCCACCUAAGUUAAUAAGUGAUUGCAUUUUCCUGCUCAUUAUUUAACCUUUUUUUUAAUUAUUCAGGUUGAAGUAAAGUUUGCCUGCAGUGCAUUGAUGUGUAUGUGCCUUUUAAGAUGGGAAGUACUGCUGCCUAUCCAGAUGUGAACUUAAGGAGGUCAAGGUGGUGCUCAGAGUCUGCACGGUCUAUUUAAAGGCACUACCUGUGUAAAUGUGCAUGCAUUCUUUUUUUUGUUUUUUUCUCCCCUGUAUAUUGGUGAAUUCUGUUAGUGUUUAGCCUAGCUUAGCACAAAUACUAGAAGCGAGUCUAGCUCUAUCAAAAGAGAUUUGUUGAUGAGCCUCCUGGGAAUAAGGUUUUCAAAAAGAAGUGUUUCGCUGACUUUGUUUUGUUUUUUUGAAUAUUGAAUGUCACAAAGUUGGUGAGAAAAUCAUCUUGAGGUAUUAUUAACUAAACACCGCUAAUCUCCAUCAUCAGGACAAGGUGUGUGUGAUUGGAUGUCAAUAAUCCGGUUUGGCGUAUAGAUGUUGGUGACAUCACGGUUUGUCGGUUAAGCCCCGCCUUCGUUAAACCAGCGAGAUGGGCGCAGACAAAAAUAGAAAAUGCAGGAAGGAACUAUUUUCAGAGCUUUUUACGAUGCAGUGGCUUACUUUUAUAAAACCACUUUUUAUGACGUGCUCCAACUGUCACUGUCUCCUGACAGUGUUACAUUAGUCAGAUACUCUGGUUCCUCUGCUCCUAAUGGCUUUUUAAAGCUUCCACCAGGCCUGAAGGAAAACAACCAAUCACAGGCAAGGAGUCUCUAAGGAAGCUGUCAAUCACUGCUCGUUUUCAAAACUGAAAACAGCGCUGAUCAAACAUGAAUUUGAGUUUUACAUGCAAGGCUGGGAUAUGUGGAUGCUAGUGGUUAGCACUAGCUCGGUGUAUGCAACAAUUAGCACAAGCGAUUCCCAGGUUAAUUAAAUGAAUACGCCUCCCAGAUAAUGAAGAUACUCUAUAACUAAGUGACUCAUUAGAAACUCUGCCAAUGGUUUGAAAUGGUACACACUGCCAGUCUCCCAAGUGGGCGCGGUCAAAGCAUUUUCUCCUCCCCUGUCCCUCCACCUUGUUUGGAAGAGUUGUGAACGUCAUUUUGAUUGAUAAAAGCCCACCAGCACUGAUCAAACAUGAAUCGAUUGUGAUACUUUAUUUACUGUAUCCUUCAAAUGUUUUUUAGAAACCUAUUUUAAUGUAAAAUGGGAAAGUAAGCUCCGGCCGGUGGGCAGCUGGCUGUUUUUCUUCGGGCAUGGUGGAAUCUUGCAAAUGCAAUAACUCAAAGGAGGCUGAGGAACCCACUUUUUUUUUUUUUACAGAAUAUCUGUCUUGUGAAUUGUGUUUGGGUUUGUUGGUAGCUGUUGAAGUGCAGAUACUCGGACACUUUGGUGUAGACGCCCGGGCGGUCUGUGCGACAACAAUCGCUGUAACUCAUUCUGCAGUAAAACGGCCCCUGUAACUAAUAUAUUGUUAUAUAUGGAUUGUGAUUACAUCCAUGCGUAAAUAGCAGUUUACUGUUGGCGGUUGUGGUGGAGCUACUUUUAACUACUAACUAAUAGUGCAAUCUUUCCAACCCUUAGGGCUCAAAUAUGGAGCCAAAUCCAGGCCAAUAGAUUUGAACCUGAAAAUUCAAGUUUUGGUCUUGAACUUUAGAAA